GUUUGUGAUAUAUAUUUCCGACAAACAAUUCUCCAACCAUUAGUUCAUAGGAUCAGUAGAUAGUGGACAGUUGUGUGCAUAGUUCACUACAAUGUCUGAGAUAUAGUGUUACAUUUAUAGUGUAUAAAACAUAAAUGUCUUGUUGUUAUCUAUAAUAAUAAUAUAGAAAAUAAGAGUUAAAUACAAAAAUUCAAAAACUUUUUAUCCGUUUGUGUUUUUGAGUUAUUAAUUAGUUUUAUCGCAUUUGUUUUCUACUGUAUAUACAAAAUACGUGAAUAAACAUAGUUUAAUAAUGAAUCCGUUCAUCGCAACCACCACUACGACUACACAAACCAAUGCAUUGAUAUCCAUAUGUUUUAUAAUAACCACGCGAUUGCUGCUGACGGCGCCGGUAGCCGCGGCCAGCAAUGGGUUCGACGUGUUAGAUACCGGCGCCGCCCAGUACAGGGAGCACCGGAGGGUACCCGAGAAUAUACUGAAGCUUAAGGAAAGUACGACUACUGCGGACACCUAUGACGAUACCGACGCCGCCGAUGACGUGUUUGCCAUACCUAUUGAUGAUUUUAGAGACUACUGGUACGGGCGGCGCCUCCGAAAGCGGUCCUUACUGUCCAUCGACGACAACAGCGACGACACCCUUAUAGGGGUACCCAAGCGGACAGUAUAUCAAGCAUGGGGUAGCAAAAGGGCCCGGUAUCCAUACGACAUAUUUCACAUGCCUAAGGGCUUUAACCCAAUGGGCGGCAAACGUGCCGGUGUUGCUCCCGGUGCUAAGGGCUUCAAUCCAAUGGGCGGCAAACGCGCCGGUGUUGCUCCC